CAGCCCGAGACCACGUACUUCGCGUUGCUCACGGGCUGACUUGUUUUCCUUUUCUCGCGGGGAAUGAUGUCAUUUAGAAGAGUAACUCUUCGCAUCACCACCAUCCAGGGAUCCUGCAACUGAGCGCGGCACUGUGCGCAGGGAGUGGUGAAAGAGGUCAAGCCUUGGCUUUGGAAGAAGGUGAAAUAUGGACCAAAGUGCUACCGACAACAUUGCCAACAGCCGAGCCGAAAAUGCAUGCAAAAGUAACUCUGCGGAGGACGAACUUAAUCUGUUCAGGACCUGUUUGGUUUGUAAAAAGGAUCUUACAAAUCGCGAGCCAAGAUUGCUGCCUUGUCUUCAUUCCUUCUGCAAAGAUUGUGUGCCGGCUGGGAGCCGCAGCCUCAGUCCUACAACUGCAGCUUUCCCGGAGGACUGUAAUGGGGAAGGCAUUAUCAUCUGUUGCCCCGCUUGCAAGCAAACGUGUUUCACGGGCGAUGUAGUGGAGAACGUCUUCAUCAGAGAGUAUCCACCUGUGUCCCAAACCAUGGAUAAGCACUGCUCAGAAUGUGAAAAGAAGCCAGCCUUCAAGUUCUGUUCAGACUGCAGUAAGUGGCUGUGCAAUGCGUGUUCGGAAGAGCAUUUGCAUGGGAAAGAUACAAAGCAUCAUAAGCUGUUAACCCCAGAACAUGCUGCAGGUAGUGAGAGUGAAGUCAGUGAGUUCGCACUGCUCUGUCCUCUUCACACCAAAGAGCCACUGAAGUUAUUCUGUGAGACCUGUGAUAUGCUGGCUUGCUGGAAUUGCCAACUAACACAACACAAAGAACAUAGUUUCAAAUAUCUGGAAGAUAUUUUACAGAAUCAGAAGGUCACUUUGGAGGAGCUGACUCUGAAAAUGGAGGAGAAAAAAGUCAGCAUGCAGAGCUCAGCAAAACAAGUACAGGACAGACUAAAUGAAGUAAUGCAAGUGCGGAAGAAGGUGGAAAAUCAGAUUAAGAUGGCAAAGAUGAUCAUGAUAAAUGAAUUAAAUAAACGAGUAAAUGUUCUGAUGGACCAGGUAGAGAGAAUUACAAAUGAGCGGAGGCUUAAAUUGGAGCUCCAUCUUCAAGCAGUGAUGGGAUUAUGCAGACAAUUGGAGCAUGUGUUAAACUUCAUUAAUUGGGCAGUCUCCAAGAAGAAAAAUAUCCCAUUCUUGUUCAGCAAGGAACUGAUCAUGUUUCAGAUGCGACGUUUACUGGAAACACAGUGCAAUGCAGAUUUGGGGACCUCCAGAAUUCAUUUUCACUGGGAUUCUGUCUCGUGGACUAAAAAACUCUCUUCUUUAGGCUAUUUGUCAUUUGACUGUGAAAACUCAACCCACCAGGAAUGCCUGGCCUCCUUCCCUCAGCAACAAUUACCAUUACCUUCGGACACUGCUGAUCAGAGGCCCUGUUUAGCACCAUCACUCCUGUGCCAAAAUCCUGGCCAACAAUAUUCAGUCUGUGGCAAUCGUCGUCCGGACCCGCAUCCAAUUCCAAAGGACCAUGAGGCUGCAAACUGUUUGCAGAAUCAUAACUCUUUAGGCCAACUGCCAGGGAACUUGCAUCAUCAGCUACAGGUGCCAUAUAGUGGAAUUCAGCAGAGACAAACUCAGCAGAAGUACUUUACACGUCCCUUCACAGUACCGCCGAUACCAACUUUGCAGCCGUGGCACAUAGCUCAGACGGGGCCUGAACAAAAUACGGUUUUAAUUGGACAUCUGCAAGGACAGCGCUUGCAGCCAAGUCUGCAUUCAGCAUACACUGUACCACAACAAAGAAGCGUGACACCAAUGCAUGUGGUGGCCUUGCAGCAACCAAAGCAGCUUGUGCACCAGCCACAACAGAAGCAACUUUUUCAAUUGCAACAUUUAAGGCUACCAAAUCAAUUGUCAGUGCAACUGCACCCCGUGAGGCAGCAGUUACCUUAUGAGCAAGUUCAUCACCAACCCCCUGCUGAAAAUUCACAGGGCAAACCUGAUUCCAAGGAGCCUGUCCAACAGUGUCAACCAACGCAAAUGGCAGCUGCCCAUACGGAUUCUGUUGAGCAAUCACAUCUGUUUAGUCAGAAGCUGAAAAACAUGCAAAUUGCACAAAAAACCCUAUUGAAGCAGCACGUUUUAAAAAGCCAGGACGCUCCUGUGGAACCACAGAACUGUGCUCAACAAAGGGUGGUGAAUAAUCAGGACCAACAGGGUGAAAAGAGCCAGGCGCUACAGUUAAAUGUGGUCAGUGAAGUUACACUGCAUAAUCCUUUUGAACUUGGAAAACAGCAGAACGUUAAUGAUCACAAUGAGAACUCCACCCCAGAACAGCCAUCGGAUUUAUUAAAGAUACUUAAUGCUCCUGAGAAACAAUUGACCUCUUCAAGAUCCUCAAUGAAAAGGGCGUGUUCAUCUGCUCCGAAGAAAGGAAAGAGAAAGUGUACUGUUUCAGGCCAAAUGGAAUCCACACUAAUUGUGAACAAGGAAUCUUUGCAUCCUGCCCCUUUAUUGAUUGAAUUGCAUGCACCACUGACUGUGUCCAGGUCCCAGGAUGACUCUCAAGGCCAUCAGCCAGAAAACAUGCCGAUAAACCCGGAACCAAAGAAGACAAAGUAUAAGUCUAAAGACAGUGACAGUGGAGAACCAAAGGAACCCAUGGAAACUGAACAAGGCCCUUUCAAGGAGAACAGCUGCAAAGAACCAAUGAACCUUUCUGUUAAUGCUGAAAAUCCUAGAGCCAGUGGAUCUCAAGAUUUGACACCGGAUUCACAGAAUGAAGGAAUAACGGAUGACAUUGCAAACCAGAGGGCUCAAAAGGAUGGGGUGAAGUUGCCUUAUGUGCGUUUGGAGCGAUUGGAGAUCUGUGCAGCAUCCACUGGCCAGCUCCCCAUCUUCAAAGUGCAGUCAACUGUUGAUGAAGAUGAAAGCAAAUCCCUUGUCAUGAUGAACAGUCAGACUUCGAAUACUGCAACAAAGAACAUCACUCUGGACAGCACUCUCACCCCACCGAACUCGAACCCCCCUCCUCCUCAACAAUGUGAGGCAGAUGAUGCAGCAGUUACUUCUGAACUUCCACCUGAUGUUGCACCAUUCCCAUCUCCUUCGGAUGACAAAACCUCUGAAGCAACUUCUCAGGCGAUCCCGAAUGCAGCAAGCGUCACAGACGACAAUGAGGAUUAUUGUGCGGUCUGUUUAAAUGGCGGGGAGCUGCUCUGCUGCGACCGAUGCCCAAAGGUGUUCCAUCUCAGCUGUCACGUGCCUUCUCUUCUCAGCUUCCCAAUGGGUGAGUGGUUGUGUACAUUGUGUCGGAGUGUGGUGAUGCCAGAAGUGGAAUAUGAUUGUGAAAAUACACGGCAUAUCAACGAAAACAGGGGAAUAAGGACAUUACAGGGACUCUCUAUAAGUGACCAAAGGAAAUGUGAGAAGCUGACUUUACACUUGUACUGCUACCCACUGAGCCUGCCCUUUCACGAGCCCGUCAGCCCACUGGCCCGUCAUUACUACCAGAUAAUCAAAAGACCGAUGGAUCUUUCUACUGUGAGGGCAAAACUUCAGAAAAAGAGCCCGCUCCAUUACUACACACCUGAAGAAUUUAUUUCUGACAUUCAGCUUAUGUUUAUGAACUGCGCAAAAUUUAAUUAUCCAGAUUCAGAGGUGGCCCAAGCUGGAAGAAGUCUGGAAAUGUACUUUGAUGAAAAACUGAAAGAAAUUUACCCUGACAAAAACUUUACAGGAGCAGCCCAAGAAUACUCUGAUUAUGAAGAGAUUGAUAAUGACAGUGGUACUGCAAUUGUUAAUGGGUUCAGUUGGCCGACAGAAGAAAAGGAGCAUGUGAAGCCAAAGAGAAGACGUAGGCAUGGUGCAAGCCACAGCCAUAAAGACCACAAAUAGUGUUGCUGGCUGAAUGUUUAAAUAUUGUGAAAUGCUGAUCCUCGACUCUUUUCCACUCUGUGUCUUUACCCCCGUCUCCUUCCCCCACCUCCUUACCCCCACCGCCACCACCUCCCUGCCCCACCACCAUCACCUCCCCCCCACCUCUUGUUUUGUAACAAAAUGUGUUUAUAAUAAUGUUUGGAUCUCAGGAAUGCGAAUACCAGCUUCCCUGAAGAGGAAUCAGUAAAUGGCAUUUACCAGUUGUUUUCAUAGUUUUAUUGCAAAGUGAUUGCACUGAAUGAGGUUGGAUGUGGUGUGUUGUGGACCUUACUUCAUGUGAAAGAUUUGCAUAACUUGUCUACACCAGUGUUGCUCUUGGAUGAGCAGUUUUUGUACAGGAUUACUGUGACAUGUGUUGCAGAUUAUGGGGCAUUAUUCCAGUUAGUUUAAGAUUUAUUUUCAGAAUGCAGUGGACAAAAUAACCAACUCACAUUGUUCUCUCAUAAUUUAAGUUAAAGCCCUUAAGUUAAUGGAUACAUUUCUUGAGGUUUCACCUGAUUGUCCACAUUAACAAGAACCUGCUGAGAAUUAGCAUAAACUGUGAGUUUCUGACAGGAUUCCACUCUCAGUAGAGAAUGUAGGUUGUGCUUUCUUAGUUAAUUUUUUUGACUUUAAAUAUUCAUGCUAGUGAUAUCUCUUGGAUUGUAUCCAAGUUGUUGAGGGAUAUCCACUUUGGCUUUUAAUUCUCAGUAUUGAUUGUUGCAAAUUAGUACAAGAAAAAUGUGGCCUUUUAUAAGGUGUAGCGGUCAUUGGAAUCAAUGAUUCCAAGUACAUUUAUUAUCAAAGUAUGUAUGCAGUGUACGACCCUGAGAUUCAUCUCCUCCACAGACAGCCACGACACAAAGAAAACCAUGGAACCUGUCAAAGAAAAGCACCAGCCCUCUCCCACGCUCAAAAAAACACAAAUUGCGCAAAUGGCAACAAAAAAGAGUGAGAAACACAGAAUGCAAAACACAAAAUCAGAAGCAGAUGGCACCAAUGAACAGCAUUACCAUCCUUCAGAUGCUCCAUGAAACAACUUAAUUUUGUGUCGUCUUUUUCUUUCAAAUGUAGUUUUGGUACUAUUGGAGCCUGUGAUAGACAGUUUGAUGGUCUGUUUUCAGGCCAAUUAAGCGCUCUGCCAUUUUGCUGUUUCUGAGGGAGUUCUGGGAAGCUUUGAGCGAAGUGUGUGGCCUCGAGGCCAAGAAGCUUGGAGAUGGAGCGUGAGCCAAUGACUGACUCCAUUUCUCGCUGACUAAGGGUCAAGGAAUAUUGAAAACAUAAGGUGGGUGCAAAAGGUGAGUAGGGGUUCAAUACCAUCUAUCAGUCUCUCAUUCACCCACUGUUCGAAUGGUGUCUCUCUCUCAUUCACCCUCUGAUCAACUGGUGUCUCUCUCUCUCUGUCACCCUCUGAUCGAAUAGUGUCUCUCUCUCUCUGUCACCCUCUGAUCAAAUGGUGUCUCUCUCUCUCUGUCACCCUCUGAUCAAAUGGUGUCUCUCUCUCAGUCACCCUCUGUUUGAAUGGUGUCUCUCAGUCACCCUGUGAUCAAACGGUGUCUCUCUCUGUCACCCUCUGAUCGAAUGGUGUCUCUCUCAUUCACCCUCUGAUCGAAUGGUGUCUCUGUCUCAUUCACCCUCUGUUCAAAUGGUGUCUCUGUCUCAUUCACCCUCUGAUCGAAUGGUGUCUCUCUCAUUCACCCUCUGAUCGAAUGGUCUCUCUCUCUGUCACCCUCUGAUCGAAUGGUGUCUCUCUCUCAUUCACCCUCUGUUGGAAUGGUGUCUCUCUCUCAGUUCAAAUGGUGUGUCUCAGUUCAAAUGGUGUCUCUCUCUCAUUCACCCUCUGUUCGAAUGGUGUGGCUCUCUCAGUCACCCUCUGAUCGAAUGGUGUCUCUCAGUCACCCUCUGAUCGAAUGGUGUCUCUCAGUCACCCUCUGAUCGAAUGGUGUCUCGCAGUCACCCUCUGAUCGAAUGGUGUCUCUCUCUCAGUCACCCUCUGAUCGAAUGGUGGCUCUCUCUCUGUCACCCUCUGAUCGAAUGGUGUCUCUCUCUCUCAUUCACCCUCUGAUCGAAUGGAGUGGCUCUCAUUCACCCUAUGAUCGAAUGGUGUCUCUCUGUCACCCUCUGAUCAAAUGGUGUCUCUCUCUCAGUCACCCUCUGUUUGAAUGGUGUCUCUCAGUCACCCUGUGAUCAAAUGGUGUCUCUCUCUCAGUCACCCUCUGUUUGGUGUCUCUCAGUCACCCUCUGAUUGAAUGGUGUCUCUCUCUCUGUCACCCUCUGAUCGAAUGGUGUCUCUCUCUCAUUCACCCUCUGAUCGAAUGGUGUCUCUCUCUCUCAUUCACCCUCUGAUCGAA